CAAAGGUGGGAUUAACGUGCGCGCUGCUGGCUGUUGUCCCAGUCCAAAGUUGUGUCCUCAUGGAGGAGUUGCUGGUUGUGCUUUAACAUUUUUGUGUUGCGGGGUGUUUGAGUGUGCACAUUUGGAAAAAUGGAGGAUCACAAUUAUCAUCAAACACAAGAAAAGUUUGAGGAGCUGCUGUCUAUGAAGCUCCGGCAGGAAAAAGAAAACCUGGAGAAAACGAAAGUUUAUCUGGGUGACGCCUUCGCCAGGUGGACCUCGCUGAAGAGGGACAAAAGUUUUCGGAGUGACGCGGAACUUGCUUGCUUCCUGCUGGAUAGCUAUGAGAGACCUGCCACAACAUCAGCUCCCACAAAGGAAAAACCUGUUAAAGUCAAAGCUCCAGCUGGGUCUGGCACCAACAGAGCCAACAGCUAUGAGAGAACUGCCACAACAUCAGCUCCCACAAAGGAAAAACCUGUUCAAGUCAAAGCUCCAGCUGGGUCUGGCACCAACAGAGCCAACAGCUAUGAGAGAACUGCCACAACAUCAGCUCCCACAAAGGAAAAACCUGUUCAAGUCAAAGCUCCAGCUGGGUCUGGCACCAACAGAGCCAACAGCUAUGAGAGAGCUGCCACAACAUCAGCUCCCACAAAGGAAAAACCUGUUCAAGUCAAAGCUCCAGCUGGGUCUGGCACCAACAGAGCCAACAGCUAUGAGAGAACUGCCACAACAUCAGCUCCCACAAAGGAAAAACCUGUUCAACUCAAAGCUCCAGCUGGGUCUGGCGCCAACAGAGCCAACAGCUGGCUGUGUCUGAGAACCCCAAAUGGAGUGGUGUUGCCUCCAGCGAUGAGCCUUCAACCAGCUGACCCCAGAGUUAUCAACUGGGUUGUAGUUGUACCUUCAGCAGCAACAUCAGGAUUAAAACAGACACAAGUCAGGAGAGAUGUCCAAGAUGUUCCUACUGAAUCAACUGUCCGUCAGAACCAGCAGGUUCCAGAUCAUCUCCAGGUACAGAAAGAGUGGAAAAAAGGCCCCCUAAAGGAGGAGCAGGAGGAACGCUGCAUAAAGGAGGAACACGAAGAACACCACAUAAAGGAGGUGCACGAGGAACGCCACGUAAAGGAGGUGCACGGGGAACACUGUAUAAAGGAGGAAAACGAGGAACGCCACAUAAAGGAGGUACACGGGGAACACUGUAUAAAGGAGGAAAACGAGGAACGCCACAUAAAGGAGGUACACGGGGAACACUGUAUAAAGGAGGAAAACGAGGAACGCCACAUAAAGGAGGUACACGGGGAACACUGUAUAAAGGAGGAAAACGAGGAACGCCACAUAAAGGAGGAACAUGAGGAACGUUGCAUAAAUGGUGAAGCGGUUGAAGUGAAUCUUAGGAAAAAGGCGGCUGAUACCAGGUUCCCACUGACUUCUGUUCUUGUGAAGAAUGAAAAUGAUGACAAGAUAUGUCAGUCCCCACAACUUUAUCAAAGCCCAGCUGAAAAAAGGGAGGCAGCGCUACCAACCAGCAGACCAGGUAAACGGAUGAAAACACAAAUGGAGGACCAUGGAGGAAGAAAGCAAGCUAGGAACUCUGAUGUAAAUAGUUGUUUAGCACCAAAUACCAAUGAAAAGGAUUUAGACUUUUCUGAACCUGAAGAUAAUACUGAGGAUAAUGAUCAUGGUGAUACUUACUGGCAGGAGCCAAUAUCUACUUCAGGAUCUUACACUGAAGACAGCUCCAGUGAUGAUUUUAACUUGCAGGGACCUCUCUCAGAAUCUGGAUCUGAUACUGAAGACAGCAGCAGUGAUGAUUCUAAAUUGCAGGGACCUCUCUCAGAAUCUGGAUCUGACACUGAAGUCAGCAGCAGUGAUGAUUCUAAAUUGCAGGGACCUCUCUCAGAAUCUGGAUCUGAUACUGAAGACAGCAGCAGUGAUGAUUCUAAAUUGCAGGGACCUCUCUCAGAAUCUGGAUCUGAUACUGAAGACAGCAGCAGUGAUGAUAAUAGGCAGGAAACUUCAUCUCUUCAAAAACAUAUUGCAUGUCAUUCAUGGAAAAAGUCUUCUGAAGCUUUGGGAAGCAUGAAGCCAAGCACAAAUGGACAGAGGCAGUUUCACACAAGGGAGAAACAAUUUUGUUGUAAAAUUUGUAGACGAGUAUUAGACGAAAGCAGAUUACUUAAGAUGCAGAGGACACCACAAUCAGGACGAACAGUUUGUAAUUUCUGUGAGAAAAGGUAUAGAUGUCAGACAUAAGAGUUUAUACAGAGAGAGAGACUGCUCUGAGAGUUAUUUUAACGUUCAGUGUUCUUGUUGUUGAUGUUUCUAAUGGGGUUAUCUUUGUUGUCAUCACAUUAACUUUGUUGUUCAUAUUUCCAAACUGUUGAUCAGUUGAUUUGGUACAAGUGAAUGAUUGCCAGGUGGUGCUGUGUACACUGCAUUUUGGUAAUUAUUAAUAACAAUAAUCUGAUUUGAUCCAUUUUUUUUAAU